CAAGAUGGAGCAUUUUAUUGGAGAUGGUGUUUUGUUUACAAGUUUAUAUAAAGUUUGUGGUACAAUUAUUGGAAUAGCCACGCUUUAUUGGUUAUUUUACAUGCCGUGCAAUUGGAAAAAGAAUAUUGAUGAAGUCGGUUACAAUAUUAUCCUGCGCGAUAAGAAACAUUUAAAUGCAGUCAGUAAAAAAGAUGCCAUAAACAGAAUACGCAAAUUACGUAAAAUUGGCGUUAAGGAACUGCCACCUCCAUAUCCCAAUGGAUGGUAUAGUAUAAUGGAGUCUUCAGAUCUCAGGCAAGGUGAAGCUAAAAGUGUAUCUGCUCUAGGUGAACAAUUUGCGAUAUUUCGGACAUUAGAUAAUACAGUAUAUGUGUUGGACGCGUACUGCCCACACAUGGGAGCUAAUCUAGGAGUCGGUGGUCGAGUUGUUGGUGGUUCAAUUGAAUGUCCAUUUCAUCAAUGGAGUUUUCGUGGCAGUGAUGGAAAGUGUGUCAAUGUGCCUUAUAGCACUUGUGCACCACAGACCUCAAAGGUCAAGAAAUGGAUAUCGUGUGAAAUAAAUGACAACAUAUUUGUCUGGUACCACUCCGAAUCUGAUCAGGAACCAUGGCCUCUUCCUGUGGUAAAAGAAAUUGAGUCAAAAGAGUUUGUUUAUCAUGGAAGAAAUGAAUUUUAUGUAAAUUGUCACAUACAAGAAAUUCCAGAAAAUGGUGCAGAUUUGGCGCAUUUCAGAGCGAUACACAAGGCCAGCGUUUUAGCAGGAGGUACAGAUCCACUUAAUAGUGCUUUGAAAAGUGCAGGAUAUCAUCAUUGGGACGCUUUGUGGAAGCCAUCGGAAGCCCCGUCAAAACAUAUUGCAAGAGUUACAUUGAAACAUUCCAUAGAAAUUACGAAAAAAAUACAUGCUUUUGAAAUGGACGUUGUAGGUGAACAGAUUGGACCAUCAUAUGUACAACUCCACAUGAAGUCCCCAUCAAUGGGACGUAUAGAAGUUUUGCAAACAGUGACACCCAUUGAACCCAUGUUGCAAAAAGUUGUUCAUCGAUUUUAUGCACCUAGAAUUCUGGGUCCAUUUAUGAAAUUUGUAGUGUUAGGAGAGAGCAUUAUGUUUGAACGGGAUAUGAGUAUGUGGAAUCACAAGAUAUUUCGAAAGCAGCCACAGUUAGUUAAAGAAGAAAUGUCAGUUAAAUUAUUUCGCAAUUGGUAUUCGCAAUUCUACUCCGAAAAUAGUCGCCUAUUUAGCGAAGCUUAUGAAAAUAUUGAUUGGUAAAUUUAUUACAUAUGUAUGUAUGUUUUUAGUAUUAAGAACAAUAAUUUUUAUAAUGUGUCACGAAUGUAAUCGCAAAAUUAUUCAAAUAAAACAAAAAGUAGGUACAUAUUUGAAAUAAAUAGAUUUUUUUGUAAACUAUUA